GUGCUACCUUGUUGUUCGACGUCGAACUGAUCAACAUCAGCGACUCGCCGCCAACGGCAAACGUGUUCAAGGAGAUCGACAACAACCAUGACAACCAACUGUCCCGCGAGGAGGUGAGCGAGUACCUGAGGAAACAAAUGCUCGACGCUGAACAGGGGAGCGCCGGCGGUAACGAGGAAGUGAAGAAGAUGCUUGCGGACAACGACAAGCUGGUCGAGGAGAUUUUCCAGCACGAGGACAAGGACAAGAACGGCUUCAUCUCCCACGACGAGUUCAGUGGGCCGAAGCACGACGAGCUCUGAAGUCAUCGUGCCGCGUCGCCGCGUCUCCGAGCACCGCGUCGCCGUCGGCGUCGUGUCUAGUGCCACCACGUGUUCACAGCCGCACAGAAUCGCCUCUUCGAGUCCUGUCCGGUUCGCGACGAACACCGUUGAACACAGAAACCGCAGCCAGCAGCAACCACUGUGCGUGUGUGUCACUCGAUCUGUUUGUCUGUCCGCCCGCGUGGGCAUGCGUGUGUGUCGUCGCGGAGUUGUCCGCUUAAUGAACACGCGCGCGCGGUGCACGCGAAUCUCUCGAGAGCUCGGGGAAGAAGAAGAACGAAGGAGAAGGGAGGGAAAAGCCGAGGAACGCGGACGGAUCUCUUCUUCGCCGGGGAAUUUCACUCGUGAUGAAAGGAAGGCUGGGCCAGUGCUGGUCGAAGGAACUUCGAUCCGGCGGGAACUCCGCGCGGGAAACACCGUUCGAAUGGGGAAAUUGAUAAACGCGUGUCGAGAGAGAGAGAGAGUGAAGGGGAAGAGAAAGGGGCAGCUCGUCUCGUGGAGAUUCCUCCGUGAAGCUCGGGAACUUCUUCGAUCCGGGAAGCUAUGAGAGCUAUUCUGGAACAAUUUGAGAUUCGUGGAGACGAAUCUAGGACGGUCGUGUACUCUUCGAGAGAACAACCGUCUUUGGAAGAAUAUUGAGCAGGUCCCCGAGACUGAAUGUUUCUUCGUGUGUGAAAGGAGGAGGAGCUCUCUGAGGAGAAAGAAAUUUUUUCGGAGGCUCUCGUGAUUUCUGAUCGAAGAUACAGUUCCCUUAACGGUUUCAUUUUGUCAACUGGAAGACGUGCACCUACUUGAGCAUACUUCACGAGGAAUUAUUCUCGUAGACGAUGGUGAAACGUCCGGUUGAAUCAUCGAUAUCUCGGUGCGACAGCGAGGUUGUUCAACGUAAUAUAAUUGUAUAAAUCUAGAUAGAGAGAGAGAGAGAGCGAGUGAAAGAGAGAGAGAGUUAAAAAGAAAGAAAGAGACGGGUGAUCAUGUGUAAAAGACAGAGAGAAAGUGUUUUUUCUACACGACUAUAGAUGUUAGCGUAUUAAUUAAGCGCAUCGGCGUAACGGUGCUAAAGGUUCACACACACACACACAUACAUAUACAGACACGCGAAAAUGUUCUAUCCCUCUCUCGAAAGCUUCUUCCUUUUUAUUCAACUGCCACACCUCCCGCCCCUCUUAUCUUCUCCUUUACGCUGUAAUUAAUACAGACGCGCACACACACACAUAUACAUAUGAAAACACGUACACACAUACGUAUACCGUUUUUCACGAGCAUUAACAAGACACAACCACCGGCAUUCUCGGCCACGAAUUUCACGCGAGAGACGUAAUCCAGGACUGGCGGAGGAACUCGACGGAGGAAAAGCCGCGGGGAGGAACUUAUUGCGAGGAUGCGUGGUGGAGAUGAAUGGCGGUCGCGAUCGACGCGAUCUUUUUUUCCACUCAUGAUCGACGCUAUCAUUAUUACACUUUUAACUGAUACGUUUUUAUUACCACAUUAUAUUGUAUGUUGUUAAAGU